UACGAGUUUCUGCUUCAUAAGGCCUGGGGUCUGUCUGUCCUGGACAUAAAGGAGGACCUGAAGAAAGCUGUGCUUCCAGACAAGUUGUUGGUGGAUGUGGACGUGCUGUCAGGUGCUCUAGAAAUGUCCCAGGAGGUGCUGAAGCAUGACCCCUGUCAGCUGGCCUCCCAGCUUGUGGGUCGACUGGGACAAAUGGUUACUGAGGACCGUCCUGUUGCCAAAGGUCAGAGAGGUGGAAUCUGGCCGAGUUGUGUACUCAGAGGACGAGUCAGUGGACAUUCCCAUUGUCACCACAACAUGUGAAGGACGGCUUCUAGUCGUCUUCUAUGAUGGAAGUUGUCUAGUCAAGGUUUUUGACCUGGCGUCCUCCUGCGCUCUGCUGCACUGUGUUAACAUCACAUUGGAGAACGAGGCAAUCCACAGAGACCGCUCCAUUCUGUUGUCCAACAGCUCCAUCAGAGACUACGUCCUCUUCGCCUACAGGUGUGGAGGUGAAGCUGCAGUGUUCAGUGCCAGAGGCGGCACAGUGCUGUCUGUCCUGCCUGCACGGCACGAUGCUGCAUCCAUACAAGCUGUAGAGAUGACUGAAGACUAUCUGUUGCUCUUCUGCAGAUAUCCAUGUAAGAAAGGCGGCGACAUCAUCCACAUUGAGCUCUUCUGCGCCACCACCUUCCUGUACAAGCGAUAUUUACUCGGCUGCAGUCAGGACUGUAUUUCCCAGGUUUCUGUCAACCAGGCAGGGACUCACGCUGUGGCCUUGUGCAUCCCCCCUUGUACCGGCAUCACUGAGCUUGUCACCUGGAACCUGGAGACGGAGGACCACAAACACAUCACUCGCUUUCCAGCUGUGUUGACCAAAGCGCUGUGCUUUGACCUACGCUUCUGCCUGGGCAUCUGCAGCGGACAGAAGUACCUUCUCCUGUGGGAUCUGACCUCCAGCAUCACCGACCAAACUCUCACCUAUAACAUCCACAAACUCAGGAGUGAUGGGACAGAAGAUGUCUUCCCACUGGGGAAAACCAGCCGGUAUGCUGUAUGCCGCUCCAUCAGAACUGGGACGGUGUGUGUGUGGAAUCUGGCCAGACAGCGUUUUGUGUGCAGACCAGUCCAAGUGGAGCACAGCCUCUACAGCAGCACCGACGUGGUGUUCGUCCAUGACCUCAAACUCUACAUCCUCACAGACAGAAACACAAACUCUUUCAAUCAGCUUCAGACUCUGCUGGUUUAUGAUCUGCUCAAGCGAAGCUACGUGAGAAGACAGACAGGGAUGGCCAUCAGUUCUUGUCUUCAGCAUGAGUACCACCUUUUGGAGGAUGGAGAGACUCUUCUGGGCUUAUCAGAGACCAGAGACCAUCUCGUCCUCUGGGAUCUGAACUCUGGCUCCAUCAAACACGAGCUCAAACCACCAUCCCACAGAGAGAAGAGGAGCGUUGUCCAAGACCAGCAGCCUCACCCAGCUCCACACAGACGGACCACAUUGAUGCGCUGGGACGUCCGGACAGAGAGCCUGUCUGCAAAGAAGAGGAGGCUGGAAAGGGAGGCAGAGAGGGAGAAAGAGGAAAAAAUGAGACUGGACAGAGAGAAGUUCAACGUUACUGACCAGUAUCUCCUUAGUGGAGAUGAACAGGUGGUGGUGUGCUCCUACUUUGCUCACCAUCUCAACGUGUUCAGUGUGGCCUCCCGGGAACACCUCCACACCCUGGAGGAAAAGACAUCCCUGCUCAGCCUCCAGCCUGCAGAUCUGACCCACACCGGCAGCCAUCUGGUGCUGACAGCCUACGAUGAGGAGCAGAGGAGCACUGAUGUCACCCUGUGGGACCUGCUCAGAGGAACGGUGGAGCAGAGGCUGAGGAAUGAGCCGGGGGUUAGCUGCAUAGCUGUCACAGACGGCGCAGAAAGGAUCGUUUUUGGAGUCUCUGGAGGGAAAAGACUGAUGGUGUGGGAGCCCUUCAGGGGAAACUGUAAGAGCAUCAGCGGUUAUGGGACUCUGAGGAUAGACAUGACCAGCAAACUCUUUGUGACUGAUGGGGGAAGCAAAGCCUUCCUGCUGGCAGGCCAGGUGAGUCUGUGGGACCUGGAGAAGUGUUCGGUCCUAUCGGUACUCUCUCUGGAUGCAGACGUCAGCUGUGUGAAGCUGCUACCUGGACGCCAGAGCUCCCUGGUCCUCGGCCUCAGCCACAGCCCUGCCCUCAUCGCCGUCUCAACACCCACCGCCAGCUCAGGAAGUCACAUCUCUGGAGGAGAAGACCUGUUUGGAGAGUCCAGCAGCAGUGAAGACGAGGAAUUGUAGAGUUCAACCUGUUUUAUCAGUAAUUUUCACAGCGCGUCGCAUGAUUGUCCAUCCAUCCAUUUUUUAAGAUGCUCCACUGUGGUCAGAAAGGGAUGGACAUGGUCAGCAACAAUACUCAGGUAGGCUGUGCUGGUUAAACCAGACCA